AUGGCUGAAGAUCUCAACCCGAUCCAGAUCUUGAUCGAGGAGCUGCAGGAUGAAGACUUGCAGCUGCGUGUGAAUGCCAUUCGCCGCCUCUCCACCAUCGCCCUUGCCCUAGGCGAGGAGCGCACCCGAAAUGAACUCCUCCCUUUCCUCAAGGACAACCUGCAAGAGGAAGAUGAGAUUCGCCUUGCUGUUGCCGAGGAGCUCGCCGACUUUGUGCCGCUUGUCGGCGGUAUCAAGCACGCACACACGCUCUUGUUUCCGCUGCAAGCCAUGGCGGCGGUCGAUGAGGUGGUUGUCAGAGAAAAGGCCGUCGAGACGAUGGUGAAGGUUGCUGAGCAGCUGCCCCCUGUCGAGAUUGAGAAGUACCUCGUGCACACCAUCAACAACCUCGCAACAGGCGACUUCUUUGCGUCGCGGUGCUCUGCGUGCGGGCUGUUUCCGCUGGCGUACCGCAACUCCUCUGGGGGCACCAAGGCCGAGCUGCGGGCGAUGAUCACCAAACUGUGCACAGACGAGACGCCCAUGGUCCGCCGAGCAGCCGCCACCCACCUGCCCCCUGUCAUCGAGGCAUCAGAUGCUGCGACGGCCAAGGGAGAGCUGCUGCCUGUUGUUGCGCGGCAGCUGAACGACGACCACGACACGGUGCGCCAGCUGGCCGUCAAGGGCGCGGCGGCGCUGGUCAAGGUGGUCUCCACCGACGACGCCGUCGCACAGGUCAUCCCCCUCAUCAACGACGCCUCAAAGGAUCCGAGCUGGAAGGUGCGCAAGGCUGUGGCCGACAUCAUCCCAGACCUGCAGCAGAGCCUCCCGCCAGCAGUCAUCAAGACCGACAUUGUGUUUACGCUGCUGCGCGUGAUGAAGGACCAGGAGGCGGACGUGCGGUCGUGUGCGGCGGGGAAGCUGGCGACGUUUGGCGAGAAGUUGACCCCGGCCGAGCGCGAGACGCUCAUCAUGACCAACCUCCUCCCACAGGUCUCCGAGCUCUGCAGCGACAGCAACCAGUAUGUGCGCAUGGCUGUUGCCACUGUGCUGCCGACGCUUGGCCCCGUUCUUGGGAAGGCAAAGACGCUCGAGCAGAUUGUUCCCCUCUUCAUCAAACUCCUCAGAGACGAGUUCUCCGACGUGCGGUUGAAUGUGAUUUCCAAGAUGGAGGCAUUGCAGAAGACGAUCGGCGCCGACCAGGUUGCGAAUGUGAUUGUGCCCGAGCUGGUUGCCAUGUCUGAGGACCCGCAGUGGCGCGUGCGCCUGGCCAUCAUUGAGCAGCUCCCCUCCUUUGCUCGCAUCCUCGGCUCGUCGAAAUUCGACAGCCGCCUCCUCCCCGUCUGCAUGCGGUGGCUGAUGGACAGCGUGUAUGCAGUGCGCGUGGCUGUGAUUGCCCAGUUUCCCGCGCUCAUUGACGUGUUUGGCGCGUCCUGGACAAAGUCCACCCUCAUCCCACAGAUUGUCACCCUCGGCAGCGAGAACGCCUACCUCGCCCGCCUCACCACCCUCUUUGUCAUCAAUGCGAUUGCGGAGAAGGUUGCGCCUGAGGUUCUGACGAAGCACGUGUUGCCUGUGGUGACGAAGCUUGCCAAGGACAAGGUCCCCAACGUCCGCUUCAACUGCGCCCGCACCCUCGGCGUCCUCGCAAAGCGCGUCAAGAGGUGGGCUUCCCCCACUGUCAAGUCGUGUCUGGAUUCUCUCAAGGGAGACGAGGAUGAGGAUGUCAAGUUGUUUGCGAAGGAAUCUCUCGCUUCUCUCAGCUAA